AUAAUUAUUGGAGUUUUACCGGCCAUAAGAUGAAGUAUUUAGUAGCCGUGGUAGUGGUGUUUGUCUCUGUAUUUGGUUAUUUCUUCUGSUAUCAUCAAGAUGCAGAUUUGACUCUUCUCUUUUACGAGAAGUUCGGUCGUGAACCAUGUUCUGUUCUUGGUGGUAAAGUAGUGUGGAUUACAGGAGCUUCUAGUGGGAUUGGUGAAUACUUAGCUUAUGAAUUAGCCCAAUGUGGAUGUAAACUGGUUCUUUCUGCACGAAGAAAGCACGAGCUGGAGAGAGUCAGGGAUAAAUGUGCAGAAAUUGCCAUCCAGCACCAUAAAUCGUAUGACAAGAAUAAGGACAUACUAGUUCUGCCAAUGGAUUUGAAGGAGUUCUCAUCCCAUAGGAACCUUAGCCAGCAGGUUUUAAGUCAUUUUAAACAGAUAGAUGUACUCGUGAAUAAUGCUGGAUGCGCUCAAAGGGGUUGGAUGAAAAACACUCCAUUAGAAGUGGAGCAGGACUUGUUGGAUCUUAAUCUUGUUGGAACAAUGUCUCUGACCAAAGCUGUUCUUCCUCAUAUGCUGGAGAGACAAGCAGGACAGAUUGUUGUUGUCAACAGUAUCAUGGGGAAGUUUGGGUUCCCUUAUUUGACUACCUAUGCAGCUAGUAAAUUUGGUCUUCAAGGUUACUUUAAGAGUCUUCGUUUGGAGUUGGCAGACACGGAUAUCAAUGUGCAAGUUGUCUGCCCAGGGCCCGUCAAGUCUAAUGUAGCUGCUUAUGCUAUUACUGAGGAAAAAGAUAAAGCAUUCGGAGAUACCGAUGGUUACACAGAUCCAGGGGAGCGAAUGCCAACAGAACGCUGCACCAAACUGAUGGCAGUUGGUAUGGCUCACAACAUGAAUGAAAUAUGGAUUUCCAUUCAACCAGCUUUGACUUUCAUAUACAUGUCUCAGUACAUGCCAACUGUAUUUGAUUGGUACAGCAAAGACAGGUUCCUUGACAUAAUGAAGGCAAAGUUUAUUAAGGGCUAAUCUUGAGGUAUUCCAAAAACAUCCAAGAACAGCUAAGAACAAGUAUUGGCUUAUUCUUGAACUAGGAGUAUCCCCUACGUUUGUCCAAUCCAGAAUGUGGCAUACCUAAACUAAAAUAGUUCAACCUACAUAGUUAGUGCCAGGGUUUUGCUGCCGAAACUAGAAUUGUAGUAUCCAAUCCCUUAGGGGAGGAGAAGGUGUUGCAUUGUCUUACGAGUGCCUUACAGGUUCCUGGUUUUGACUCUUCCUAAAACUAUUACUUUUUACGACAAAAUUAAACAAGUGACACUAAUCCAAAAUUGUGGAACUUCCGAACCUGGAUUUACUCCUUGAAUCAGACUUUCCUAGGUGGAGCAUUGGAUCGAUAAUAAUAGUCUAAAAUUUACUUGAAGAAUAAAUUGCUUUGACACAGUUAUCAGUUUA